AUGCGACUGGGGUCGGGCGCGGCUACCGAGACCGCUUCGCUGCUGGGCGGGGGACGCCGCGGCGAGCACUAUGACGCUGUUGACGAUGACGAGGAGAUCGACCGCAAGUGGGAGGAAGCUGUCAUUGCUGGUCUGAUUCAGACGACUUGGAAGCGCGAAGCCCAGGUUAUUGGCAAGAAUGCCGCCCCUCUGGUCGUCACCUUCCUGCUGCAGUAUUCCCUGACCGUCGCGAGUAUCUUCACCCUGGGUCACCUGGGUAAGAAGGAGCUGGGUGCUGUCAGUUUGGCGAGUAUGAGUGCGAGUAUCACGGGUUAUGCAGUCUACCAGGGGUUGGCGACUAGUCUCGACACACUGUGUGCGCAAGCGUAUGGCUCCGGGCGAAAGAAGCUGGUGGGUUUGCAGAUGCAGAAGAUGGUGUACUUCCUCUGGGUCAUAUCCAUCCCGAUCAUGGUGCUGUGGUUCUUUGCGGACCGCAUCCUGAUCCGCAUCGUGCCGGAAGAGGAGGUCGCGCAGCUGGCGGGUCUGUACCUCAAGGUGGUGGCUUUGGGGGCGCCGGGAUACGCUUGCUUCGAGAGUGGGAAGCGCUUCGUGCAGGCGCAGGGGCUGUUCUCGGCCUCGCUCUAUGUGCUGCUCAUAUGCGCGCCUCUCAAUGCAUUUAUGAAUUACAUGUUCGUGUGGCAGUUCGGCUGGGGCUUCAUCGGGGCCCCCAUCGCCGUCGCCAUCACCGACAACCUGAUGCCCGUCCUGCUCUUCCUGUAUGUGUACUUCGUCGACGGAUCCGAGUGCUGGAACGGCGUGACCCCCCGCGCCCUGCGCAACUGGGGCCCGAUGAUCAAGCUCGCCCUCCCGGGCCUGCUGAUGGUCGAGGCCGAGUGUCUCGCCUUCGAGGUCCUGACCCUGGCGUCCUCGUACCUGGGCACCACCCCCCUCGCCGCUCAGUCCGUCCUGUCCACCAUCUCGAGCAUCACCUUCCAGAUCCCCUUUCCCGUCUCCAUCUCCGGUAGCACACGCGUGGCCAACCUGAUCGGCGCGUCCUUAGUCAACGCAGCCAAGACCUCCGCCAAGGUGUCCAUGGUCGGCGCCGUGAUCGUUGGUCUGCUCAACAUGCUCUUCCUCUCCUCCAUGCGCUAUUACAUCCCGCAGUUGUUCACCUCCGACGCCGAAGUCAUCGAGCUCGUCGCCCAGGUCCUCCCGCUCUGCGCCGCCUUCCAGCUCUUCGACGCCCUCGCCGCCAACUGCAACGGUAUCCUGCGCGGAAUCGGCCGCCAGGAGAUCGGCGGCUACGUCCAGCUUUUCUGUUACUAUGCCAUCGCCAUGCCCAUCAGCUUCGGGACUACCUUUGGCCUGCACUGGGGCCUGUUUGGCCUGUGGUCCGGUGUGGCCCUGGCCCUGUUGCUGGUGUCUAUCAUCGAGGCGUUUUUCCUGACCCAUACGAAUUGGAAUCGCUCUGUGGAAGAUGCCAUCCAGCGGAACGCUAUGAUAUAAUGACCCCCCCCCCCCUGUCUGUCUAUUAUGAUGUGUGAUGAUGAUUAUGAUGUUUCCUGCCUGCACUGCAAUGAAUUCUUUGGUCCUCAUAUCUCUGUGGGGGACUGUCAAAAAAAGCAUUACUUUCACUUGAUACGCAUAUAUAUCCCUUACCUGUUCAAGCGAUUACAUACCUUACCAUCAAGAGAACAGGACACACAGUGGACAGACACGGAAUACCAGUUUAAAUUGACGAACAUGAUUGCAUUUCGGUAGCAUCGUAGAAACAAACAAACAAACACCAUC